AUGGAUUCGGAGCUCCGGGUGGCGGCUGCCCUGCAGGGCCACCUGUCCCGCCUGGAUGAUACCCUCAUGAGGGUGCAGAAGGAGCGGGGGCAAGCGAUGAUAGAGGCGCAGAAGCUGGCGGCGCAGCUGGCGCAGGCGCAGCAGGAGAGCGCCGCCAUGCGCAAGGCGCUCCAGCUCAGCAUGCGGAGCGCCGGCGCCAGCGCCGACGGCGCGGGCGCCUCGGCGGCCGCCGCCGUCCCCGCGCCCCGCGCCGCCGCCGCCUCGCCAGGCGCGCCGGCUGCUUCGGCGGCGGGUGGGGCGCCUCAGAAGAGAGCAGGGGACGAGAUUUACUUGCUGGGGGGAAACAACAACACUAGCGAGGCGGCGGCGCCAGACGGCGGCUGGCUCCGCAGCCUGCUCAUCUACACACCCGCCACAGGCUCCUGGCGCAGCGGCCCCGACAUGCCGCUGUGCCGCGGCUACGGCUCCAGCGGGGUGCUGGGGCGCCACCUGUAUGUGAUGGGUGGCGGCAAUUCUCACGAGUGGCUGGCCGACUGCCGCCGCCUGGACCUGGCCAGCGGCAAGUGGGAGCAGGCCCCCUCCAUGUCGGUCCUACGCGGCUGCGCGGGUGCCGCGGCGCUGGGCGCGCGCCUGUACGUGGCGGGCGGCGGCGUGGCCGACUCCCAGUUUGACACAGUCGAGAUGUUCAACCCGGAGAUCAAUGCCUGGAUGCCUGGCCCCAAGCUGCGCGCCAAGCGCUUCUCCACCGCCGCCUCUGCGCUGGACGGCUGCGUGUAUGUGACGGGCGGCUACGACGGCAGCUACCUGCAGUCUGCUGAGCGGCUGGACCCUCGGGAGGGCAAGUGGCAGCUGAUUCCCGACAUGCGCGAGAAGCGCGGCGCGCACGCCUGCUCCGCCGGCCCCGGCGGCCUGCUGUACGUCGUGGGCGGCUACGACGUCAACCACCCCAACAACGCCUUCAUGGCCACAGUGGAGGCGUUUGAGCCGCGCAUGGGGCGGUGGGUGGCCAAGCGGGGCAUGGGCCAGGGGAGGGCCUACAGCGCGGCUGCGUACGCCGACGGCGCGCUGUGGGUGGUGGGCGGCAUGCAGGGCGACAACUACAACGAAACGUUUGAGCGGUAUGAUCCCGAGGCCGACCACUGGGUCAGCGUGGCGCUGCCCCCCCACAUCUCCACCAACCGCGCUUUCCUCACCGCCGAUGUGGUGCCCGCCCUCUGA